AUGGACAGUAUCUCCGCCUACCUUGCUGAGGCAAGAGCCCCCUCAGUUCAAGUUCCAGAUGGCUUGCCGAAGGCUCAGAUCGAUGUCAUCUGGCAGAUGGGUGUCGCUUCUUUCCCGUCCAACAACAACGAAUUGGUCAUUCCUCAGUUCAUGGUGGUCAAGCUCAGCAAAGCGAACAUCGAAGAUCUCAAGACUCGGUUGAGUGAGCACUUUGGCAAUACUCCAACCACAGACUAUCUCGAUUAUUCUGCCAAGGUCUUGCGCAUCUGUCAAGCUCCUGAACUCCCGGCUUUUGCGGUCGGUCCAGCCGCCAUCAGCAGUGCUGAGUCACAGUGCACUACACCUCAAUCUCAGAUGUCUGCUGCGAGCCCCAUCGAAGCAGAAGCUCAUACUGCCACACAAUCUUCUUCCCCAGAGAGAAAGCUUCGACAACCUGACAAGAAGGUCAAAGUCACACGCCCACCAAAUGCUUUCAUUCUCUACCGCACCUACUACCACCCAAUUCUGCUGCAGUCACGACCGGACCUGGCAAACAAUGACAUAUCUGUCAUGCUAGGAAAGCAAUGGAAAUCUGAGUCAGAAGAAGUCAAGAAUGAGUGGAAAGCAAAGGCAGCCCAAGUCAAGAAGCAACAUGCUCUUGAGAAUCCUGGCUAUCAAUAUGCUCCUCGCAAACCGUCUGAGAAGAAGCGUCGCAUGACCGUCCGGAAGUUGGCCAAGCUUCAAGCCGCGAAAGGUCUUCAAGCCAACUCUGAUGUUGAGAUGACAGAUGUUGCAGACUUUGACAGCAACGUUCGCUUCAACCGCAUGAACCGUCCUCACGAAGUCACCUUGUUCUUCGAAGGGAAAGAGCCGAUCUCCAUUGACACUUGUCUGGCCAACGAGCGUGCUUCUAGCUAUCCAAGCCGCCUCAAGAAGAGCCGCAAGACAGACGAAAUGUCCAUCGUCUUCCCAGCUGGACAUGAUAACGUCGAGCGAGACUACAACAUCAAAUCUGCCCGCUACGAACCGCGAGACCCAUCAGAGCACAUCAACUUCUCUAGAAGCAGCUACAGCGACGUUCGCAUGGAUCACGACCUCUCCACCCUCGCAAGUGACCAGUUCAUGAACACACUCGUGGAUUGGGAUGCCAUCGAAGCCGACGCGAAGCUAGUCCAUGACACCAUCAACGAGUCGAAUUUCGAAAUCCUCAACUUCGACAGCGAAGCCGAGCGUGCUCAGUUCCAAGCAGAGAUGAACCGCGUCCUUUUCAUGUUCGACUGA